AUGGCCGCCGCCGCAUCCGGCAGCGCCCCGCCGCCGGACGCCGCCGGCGCACGGAGGGGGCGCGGCCGCCCCCGCGGGAGCAAGAGGGGGCGCGGGCGCGGGCGCGGGCGCUCGCCGAGCCUGAGGCGGAGCAAGCCCUCGAAGAGGCCCCGGCCGUCGUCGCGGUCGCCAUCCGGGUCGCCCGACGGGCCCCAUUCCUCGCCCCCCCGCGGGGUGGACCUUUCCGCGCCGCUGCCUCCCGGCACCGACGUCGAGGUCCGCGUCGACGACGACGGCUUCCACGGGUCCUGGUUCGAGGCCACCGUGCUCGACUUCACGCCGGCCCGCGGGUACCGCCACCCGGCGCGGUACACCGUCAAGUACGCGCACCUCCUCGCCGACGACGACGAAGGCGUGCUGGCCGAGCCCUUCGCGCCGUCCCACAUCCGCCCGCGCCCGCCUCCGCCGCCCCCGUCGCCCCCGCCGCGCUUCCAGACCCACGACAUCGUCGAGGCGUUCCACAACGAGGGGUGGUGGUCGGGCAUCGUCGUGUCCGCCCCCGCCGGCUCCGGCUCCGGCGCCGCCGGGGUCACCGUCGCGUUCCCCAUCACCCGCGAGGUCAUCGAGUUCGCGCCCGGCCUCGUCCGCCCCCGCCGCGACUACGUCGACGGCGACUGGAUCCCUUCCCAGGUCGCGAUGGUUGUCCGCCCCAAGCGCGCGGUCAAGGUCUACGAGGUCGGGGACAAGGUGGAGGUGGUGAGGCAACGGAGCGCGUACGGCGAGUCCUGGUUCCUCGCCACGGUGAGGGUCGUCGUCGACGACCUUAGCUACGUCGUCGAGUACUUCGAUCUGGAGGAGGGCGAGGGCGGGCCGGAGAAGGCCACCGAGUACCUGCAUUGGUGGUUCAUCAGGCCGGCUGUCGAGCAUGCUCCAAGGGAGAGCGAGUUCAAGCUCCAGCCUGGCGCUGCUGUGGAGGCCUACUGCGAUGGGGCAUGGUCACCAGGUGUGGUGCGAAGGGUCCUCGGCGAGGGUGAGUAUGAGAUCGGUAUUGUUGCCAAAAAGUCAGAAAUGCUGGUGACCAAGGUGGCGCCAUUGCUCAAGCCACAGUAUAAGUGGAAUGGCAAGCAAUGGAAGAUUGCGACCCGUAAGAGACGGGCUAACUCAAGGCGUCGGUCUGUGUCUGGUAAUAGUCCAAGGUCACCAGUUGAGGUGUCAUCCAGUGAUGAAGAACACAGUCUAGGAAAGAGCACAUUAGCCGAAGGUUCUGGACAUGCUUCAGUCUCUGAGAUGGACAUUCCUUUGUCUGCUCUUUGCAAGUCACCAGAAAGCACUCAUUCACCGAAUUCUUUUGUCUCUGAAAAGAACAGUCUUCAAGGUUCACAUGGGAUAGUGAAUUCGGUGCCAAUGAACGGACUCCUUUGUGCUUCUCCAGGACAUUCAGCACCAGUGGACAAUCAAGAAAUCCUGUCUGAUAUGGUUGUUACUGAUGGUGAGCUUAAUGGACCUGUCUCUGGAAGAAGUGUUGGUGGCCAUGAUAUGCUUUCCAUUACUGAACUAAGAAAGAAAAUGGCUUCAGCGCCCAGAAAUAAGAAAAUGGCUUCAGCGCGCAGAAAUAGUGCUGUCACACGCAAACAGGAAAACCCUGCCAAAUCACUCAGGGUGAAGAAAUGUGUAUCGGACAUUAAAGCGGGGAAAAUGCACCCUAUUCAAGGACUUCAGGGAAAGAUUCAGUUGAAGGGCAACAUGAAUUUCUCUACUCCGGACAUUGUUUUAGCUUUGAGUGUCUCUGGGACUGGCCAGACUAUUUUAUCUCCAGAUAGACUGGUGUCAAUAGGGACAAAAAGGGGUUCAAGUACAAAGGUUCUUGCCUCUAAGAAAUUGGCUAACAGGAGAGGAUCCAAAGAACUGUGCAGUUCAAAUAGCUCAUUGGAUGUGACUAGGACUGUCCAGCAGAGAGGAAGCAAGGAAUUGGCAGAGCCAAUGGAAGAAUGUCCCUUAGCAUUGGAGUGUCUGAAUUCUGAUACUCAAAAACAGCUUGAUAGAACUUUGGAGGAUGCACAGAACAUAACUGAAUUAUCAAAUCAGGACCUGUUACCGAUGGUGCCUCCUGGCUUUAAAUCAAUGGAUAAUGGGAGAGGUACUAACAUACAUGAUACUCAAUUUGAUGAAGAGCCAACUGGUACGACCAACAGCCUUAUUGAACCGAAGGGAAAUGAUGACAUGUGCACAGACCAUGCUGCUACCAAAUUAGCUGAAAGCAACCAUGUCAUGGAAACAGCUAUCCUAUGUCUUGAUUGUCCGGCUCAACAAGCCCGUGGGAAAGUGGAUGAGAGGUCAGUUUUACAGAAUGCUGGGAGUUCACAGUGCAUCAUCGACAGUUCUCCAUUGAGGAGCUGCUCUGCUUUUGAGAGCUUGUUGCCUUCACCACAGCCUUUUGAGGACCAGGCUUUGUUCGUCAAGAACUCACCUAUGUGGGAUCUAGUUGAAGCAAUGCAUGUGUUUAAGGAGCUUCCUCAACAACCUCAUUUCCUUCCACUCCAAGAACAUGCCCCAUUACUACGUGAAGGAAUGGCAUUAGGUAUGAUGGUGUCAUUCGCGGACUUAGUGAAGGUUACAAUGGAAGCAAGCAUAGACAACAGCAUGGAAUGGUUCGAGGACAAGAUCAGGACAAUCUCCCAUCUAGAGGCAAAUGGAUUUAGUGUGCAAUUUAUGCAGAGCGCCAUGACCGAUUUGGUCAAGAUAAAAUCUGAGCGCACCAGUUAUCAUGUACAAAUUGGCAAGCUGGAUUCGAAGUUUGUGGAGAAGACAGCUUCGUCCUCCCGAGUUGGUGCACUGCUUGAUGAAAAAGAUAUAGCUGCAGCAGAGCUUGAGCAAGAACUUGGGCGCAUUCGCCAGGAAAGCCAGAAGAUUGCAAAGGAGAAGGAAAAAAUAGAUGCGGAGCUCGCUAGUAUCAAGACAUCGCUUAGUGGGUAUGAGGUUCUGUGCAACGGUGUGGAACGUUAUCUAUGCAUCAAAGUGGGUUCAGAUCUAUGUGCCGUGGUUAUGUUGUGCAAGUCAUUCGGUACCGUUUAUGUAUCUGUAGGUAUCUAUGGCUUAGGGAGCCUGAUGAAGUUUCGACUCUUAUAA